AUGUCGUCCGCGAGCAAGGGGUCCGGUGGAAAGUGGGUGAGCCCCCGCGUGCUGCAGUAUAAGCAGCAGCAGGGCCCCACCACUGGUCCGGCGUCGGGUAACGGCGGCGCUGGCAGCAAGAUCAUGGAGGACAAGGCCAUCGCUGCGGCUCGCAUCAAGGAUAGUCAGAGCAGUCCGGCACCGGAGGUGGAGGUGACAGAGUCGAAGUUCUUUGAGGUGCAAGAGGCGACGGAUGCGCUGAGCAACCUCGCGCACAACGCCGAAUCAUCGACCUACGAGCUGUGCGGGAAGCCGGUGGUGAAGCCGCACCAGAGCGCGGAGGAGUUCCACAAGAUGAUCAUGGAGCAGGUUCAGAAGCAGGUGAAGUAG